AUGGAUAACUAUAGAACUUAUCCACAAUCACCUGUUACAUCUAGAAACUAUAGUGGUGUACAACAUCAACAACAACAAUAUAAUUCAGAUACAAGAGAUACAAAUAGUAGAUAUGCAAGCAGCAAUAGUGGUGGAGUAAAUGGUAGUACUACCAACGGAAAUGAAAGUGGAAAUAGUAGUAGCAAUGACUUUAAGGAUUACUUUAAGACACCAAAGAUGAAGAAAGAACAAUCGAUGUUUGAUUCUACUGUUGGUGGUUCGGUUGGCGCUUUGCAACAACAACAACAACAGAUGUAUCCUAUGGAGAAGCAUAAACGGCCACCAACCAGAGAAGAGUCACUCCAACAAGAGAUAGAGACACUGAAAACACUACUGAAAAAUCAAUCACAACAAACAGAGACAACCACGCUUACCAUCAGUAACAACGAGACAACUAUCAACACUCUAAGACAACAAAUGAAAUCACUACAGGAUCUCAAAGAGACACUCACCAAAGACAAUCAAGAAUUCAAGAGUCUAGUAAUUACACAAGAUCAAUAUAUCAAUAACUUAAAGAAUGAAUUAAAUAAUUCAUUACAUACUAUUGAUGAUCUAAAUAAAAAUAUAGAAAGAAAGAAUAAAUCUAUUCACAAUUGGGAGUUAAUGAAUACUAGAAACAAUGAGACAAUCAACAAUUUUAUAAGUAGGAAUAAGAUAUUAGAAAAAGAUUUACAAGAUGUAAAAACAGAGUUAGAGUUACGACCAAAUACUGCUAUUAUCACACAACCAUCAGAUUUCAAAUCAAAGAUGGAUCAACUUUCAUAUUCGCUUGUAGAAGCUGACAAUAAAAUUCAAUCUUUGGAAAAUGAGAAUAAUAAAUUGAAAGCAAUCAUUGGCAACAGUAAUAAUCAUAAUCAAAGUAAUAGAAGUAUGGUUGAUGAUUCAACUUAUUAUAUUAGUCAGAAUAUGAGUGGAAUGAAUAUUAAUAAUAAUAAUAGUAGACAACAACAGCAACAACAACAACAACAAUAUACAUUAUUAACAAAGGAGAAUAUAGAGUUAAAGAAUCAAAUUAAAGAAUUAACAUUAAAGCUAAAGAGUUUUGAUUCACUGAACGAAGCGAUCUCACGUAUUCAAAUGGAGAAGGAGCAACUCGAGCAAGAUGUAGAUGCUCUGAACAAUCAGUUGGUCGAGCAGGAUGCCAAGUACAUGGAGUUUAAGAACAACAUUAAAUCGGAGCAGCGCAAUCGUCCGUCGGUGGAAGACGAGUUUGAUGAAUCUAAAAAGACGGUGAUCGACAUCAUCAAAGAGCUGAACGUCAUCCGCGAGACCCUUCAGAGAUUCGAACAUCAAUCAUCGCUUAACCGAUCGGCAUCCACCACAGCACUAGGAUCAUCCAUGUACAAUAGAAGUAAUAAUCAUUUCAAUUACCACGAUAUUCAAUCGAAUUUGAAUUCAAUAUACAAUGAUAUCAUUUAUAUUAAAUCAUUUUUUGUUCAAACUUAA